AUGGAGCGAGCCAGCGCGUCGCAGCAGGCCACGGUGACAGCUAGCCCAACGGCCGGUUUCUGCACCAAGGCCAAGGCAGAUGACGACGUGGUGAUAUGCUGCGCGGUGCGGACCGCCUUGUGCAAAGCCGGAAAGGGCUCGUUCAACAAGACCGCGCCUGAGGAGCUGUUGGCCGCAGUCUUCAAGGAGGUCAUUGCACGAACCAAGGUGAACCCAAAGGACAUAGGUGACAUCCAGAUUGGCAACGUGCUUCAGCCAGGGGCUAGUGGCCUCACAUCCCGCAUGGGCCAGUUCAUGGCCGAGCUGCCGUACGAUAUUCCGCUCAGCACAGUGAACCGACAGUGCAGCAGUAGCUUGCAGGCUACUGCCUACAUCGCGGCUGCCAUCAAGAGCGGCAUCAUCGACAUCGGUCUGCUGUCCGCCAAAGUCCUGGAGUACGAGAAUGCUGAAGCCUGCCUGUUGCCCAUGGGUCUGACGUCCGAGAACGUGGCAGCAGCAUACGGCGUCACCCGCGAGCGACAAGACCAGAUGGCGGCGGACUCCCACCGGAAGGCCCUGGAGGCACAGAAGAACGGCUGGUUCAAGGAGGAGAUUGUGCCAGUGACGGUGGAGAUGAAGCAGAAGGAUGGCUCCGUCAAGAAGGUGGUGGUUGACAAGGACGAAGGCCCGCGCGCUGGCACCACCAAGGAGGGUCUUGCCAAGCUGAAGCCUGCUUUCAAGGCUGGCGGCAGCACAACGGCCGGAAACUCCAGUCAGACCACGGACGGUGCUGCCAUGGUGCUCUUAGCAAGGCGGGAUGUGGCCAAGAAGCACGGGCUGCCCAUCAUUGCGCGAUUCUGCAGCUUUGCGUGCGUGGGCGUGGAUCCCAAACUCAUGGGAAUCGGCCCUGCCUUCGCCAUCCCGCCGGCGCUGGAGAAGGCUGGCAUCACCGUUGACGAUGUGGACGUGUUUGAGAUCAACGAGGCCUUCGCGUCUCAGGCGACCAUGUCUUGCGAUCACCUGAAGGUUCCCAUGGAGAAAUUGAACCCCAAGGGCGGUGCCAUUGCACUUGGUCACCCUUUGGGUGCCACUGGAGCCAGGCAAAUUGCCACACUGCUUCCGGAGCUCAAGCGGACGGGCAAGAAGUACGGUGUCACGUCCAUGUGCCUGGGUAGUGGCAUGGGGGCUGCUUCAGUCAUUGAGGCGGAGUGA